CUCGGCGAACUCUACACCACACUUCACGCCUCAUGCUACGUCGACAUUCACAGUUUCCUGCUGGAAGAAACAUGAAGGGCAGCGUUGCCGCUGACGUGUGCGGUCUAGACCUGCUGUUUGCUGAUGCUGCUCACCAAGCUGCAGCUCUCGGCUGAGCACUCCGAGCAAGUUCAUAUAUCGCCAGCUUCGUCAAUGGCACGACCUGCAAAUGUUGUUCUUGCAGUUGGCUCACGCGAGCGAUCUACGGAAGAUCGACGGGACGGAGUGAGGUCCGUUUCUGCCUGAGGAAUCAUGGUGGCUCUCACGAUAGUUCGGCAAUGAGGUCACUGUGAGCGCGGUAGCGCGUCCACAGCUGCAGUGUUCGCGCCAUGGUGAAGCUGAAUCCUGUAUUGAGCACCAAAAGGCAAACUCACCAUCACAUUGCCGCUCCAUCGCCGCUAACUACUCCUCUUCUCCAUCGUCACCGGUUGCACAUGGCUUGACACAGUAGCCGCCAUCCUCUCCUCCCCUCCCCGCCUCUUCAUCCAUCACCCCUCCACCUCCGCCGCGAGCAGUGCUGCCUGAUACCACCGCCAUGUCGUCCUGCUUCGGCUUCCGCAACAAUGGCGAUCAGUCCGAGCGAGAGCCUCUGCUGCCUCAGUACAAUGACGAUACCGUGCUGCAGCGCGAGCUGCACCAGAAGCUCCACUCGUACCAGAUGUACCGAGCCAUCUCCAAAGGCUUCAUGCCCUCCACCCAGCAGCUGAUCAUCCACUUCCGCACCUUCCUCGCCAGCGAAGUCCUCAACCCAGAACAUCCCGACCUGUCCAACAGUGGCCGCAGACUGAUCAAGCAGACGCGACAAUGGAUCCAGCAGUUCAUGGAUCUGCUCGAGCACAAGAACGGCAAGGAUCAGAUUCAGGACAUCAUCUGGUUCUUGACAAAGAGCAGCAUUUCUGUUGACGUGGAGGAUAUCGCAGUGCGAGCACAAAAGACCAAGGCAAGAGCAGAUACCGCUGCAGCGUAUCAGAGUCUGCGGACCGUUGGCAGUCUCCUUCUGACCAAUUCCGACUUUCGAAUCUUCCUCAGCGAUCUGAACACUAUUGGCAAGGAGGUCUUCAGAGACUCUGCCUUUGCACUGUCAAAUGCGGCAGAAGAUGUCGCAAAGAAGAUCGAUCCUGCCGAGGAGGAGAAGCAGAAGGUUGCCAAGCCUGGAGCUGACGAUCAAUCCGCCCCCAGUACAGAAGCUUUGACCGGCGAAGCUGCAGAGGUCGCGAACGUGGUUGCCAAUGGAACUGCUCAAGUUGCCAAGACUACGGUUGACAGUGCCGCCGACAAGCUGGAAGGUGAUGAAGGUCAGGUCUUGGUAAACCGUCUCCAGCAGGCCAUUCUCAAACUUCGAAAGCGACCUGAUUACAAUGACUCGGUCUCGACACUAUCGCUUCUGAUCAAGAGAUAUGCCGUCGUCUACUCAAGAGCCGCAGAAGAUGUCGCCAAAGUCGCCAAGAAAGACAUCAAUGAGAAUGAGGCCCUCGAUCGUGCUGCUCAGAAUAUGUGGGCAUUCAUCACCAGUUUUGGCGACAAGCAGGAAUGGGAGAAGACGGAGGAACUCUUCAAGCAGGUCCUCAGCCAUCAAAACAAGGACCCGCAGUUCGAGAGCACCUUGAGCAAGGCCGGCGACUCCCUGCAAAAGCUCCUGACCGAUCCUAGCUUCCUCGAGCAUGCUGAUGAUAAAUUCAAGGAGCUCCGAGCUGAGUACAAAAAGUCGGGCAAUGACACCCACCUGGGGCAAGAUAUUCAGGCUUUCUUCCAGCAAUUGGAGACUACGGUGUACAGUGUGCUCAAGGAUGAAGACAUCCACAACUUGAUCCAGACCACCCUGCGUAUCUUCAGGCUGCUGUCGCCUGUCAACCAAGCCACGAAUCCGGAGCUGCUACAAGACACCAUCAACAUCUUCGUGCCUCUACUCAUAGCCGCCAUUCAGUACAUCCCCAUUCCCAGACUGGAGAUCAGCACCCCAGAGAUCGACCUCCUGUUGGAAAACCUCAUCAUCGAGCCCGGCCACACAGUCAACCAGACCUCUUUCCUGCCUUACCGCCUCAAGGUUGAAACAUACAACGACUUCGAACUCCGUAAAGCCAAGUUCCGCACCACCACCGCCAUGACCAACCUCGUCACCAUCAAAAUCGACGGCCUCUCCGUUAAGGCGGAUGAAGUAGGCUUCUGGCUCCGCGCUCACAAAGGCAUCCUCCGCCUCGCCGACGAAGGCAUCGCCGGCUUCGCCCUCGACGAACGCGGCAUUGACAUCCACAUCGAUGUCGAAAUUGCCAAAGAUCGCCUUGAACAAAUCCUCACCCUCCGUGCCGUUCGCGUCCAUAUCCACAAACUCAACUACAAGAUGCGCAAAUCGAAAUUUUCCUGGCUCGGCUGGCUCAUGAAACCCCUCCUCCGUCCUGUGAUCCGCAAAGUCAUGGAGAAACAACUUGCUUCUGCUUUGGCGGAUUUCUUCCAUGCUGCGAAUCGCGAGGUUUUGUUUGCGAGAGAGCGACUCCGAGCUACGAGGAUCGCAGAUCCAGAUGAUGUAUUGACAUUCUUCAAGGCUGUCGCUGCCAGACUUACACCCGAAGAGGAUCCAGAUCUCUAUACAAGAGUCGGCGUUGCGCAGCCGGGUAAGGGUGUGUUCAAGAAUGUUUAUGCGCCGGGAAGUGUGGUGAAGGUUUGGAAUGAGGAGGCUAGUAGGGCGACGGAGCGGGUUGAGGACUUUGAUGCGGGAGGGUGGAGGAAUGAGAUUUUUGAUACGCAUGUUAGGACGUUGACUUGAAGAUGAGUAUUGGGAGAGGAUGAGAUGUGGAAUACGAGGUGUGGGUGAGCUGGAAGAGAACAGUUGAGAACCAGGGUAGUGCGCAAUUGAGAACAACAGGACUUCAGACUCUAGUAAACAGGUGGAACGGCACUCUCGGUUACAUACAUGCGUCAUGACUACCAACGAUACGAAGCAAAAAUGGGGCAAAACAGGAAGGCGGCGCUGAUGAAUGGUGCGGGUUGAAUAAAAAGGAAGGGCAUCGGUAUAUAGUAACGUCCAACUUUUGAGACGAGGCUUCGACAAAUCCGUGGUGUGGAAUACAUAAACAGAAUCAGCGGCGG